AUGUCUCCAAAACAAGUCCUCGUGGUAGGCGCAGGGGCUAUCGGUGCUUUCUUUGCUGCUCGCCUUGCUAGCGUACCUGGCAUCAAGGUGUCGACACUAUGCCGAUCCAAUUUCUCAGCCAUAAAAAGUGGUGGGAUAAAAGUGACAAGUCCAUUAUUUGGUGAAACAACAUUUCAACCUCGUUUUGUUUUCGCUAGUCCCGAAGAAGCCAGGAAAGUCAUGAAGGAGCAGAGCCUCUCCUGGCAAUAUCUACUCGUUGCGACCAAAGUUUUGCCUGAGCUAGGUGACGCUAGUGCAUUGCUGGAAGGACUUGUCGACCGCACCACCAGUAUCGUGGUGAUGCAGAAUGGACUAGCCAUCGAAGAGCCGUAUUGGAAAAGAUUUCCCCGUAAUCCUAUAAUCAGUGCAGUCACUAGUGAAGAUCCCGGUAUGAUUGUCCCGACGACCAGAAGUACUGCGCUGUUUGCAGAUAUGCUUCAAGCAGCUGGGUUUCCUGAUAUUGACCUGCUAGAUCACGUCAGCAUGCAGUUUGCUCGUUGGCACAAGACGGCGAUCAAUGCCGCUAUGAAUCCAACAGCUGUGCUCUCAGGAGGAGCAUCGAGUCAAGCUAUGGCUCUGGACCGGGAGCUUUACACGCAUAUGUUGGCAGUCAUGAAAGAGAUCAUCGACGCUGCAUGCCAGAUUCUGGGGAGACCGUUGCCCGAAUCGCUGCCUAAGUCAGUAGACAUCUUAGACGGAGUAAAGGAAGAUGUCAGUGGUAGCCGUCCGAGCAUGUGGCUCGAUUGGGAAGCUGGACGUAGAGUCGAGUUAGAAGCAAUCUUGGGAAAUCCGCUACGGCAAGCACGAGCAGUUGGUAUGGAAUUACCGAGAACGCAAUGCAUGUAUUCAUUGUUGAAGAGAGCGCAAGAGGAAAGGAUUCAAAGAGCGCAAGAGGACAGGACUCAAAGAUGA